AUGGCCACGAAAAUUGCUAGACAACUAUUCAACGCCUUAGUGGUUAAGAUUUCGACGGAUCAAGUCGGCCCCACAUCAGAGCAGAGCAAAGGGAAACAAAGAUUUCUUUUUCUUGGCAUGGAUUCAAAGACUAACAAGGAGCUACCUGUUACUGAUCCCUUAAAGAGCGAAGAGAAAGACAAAAAUGGCUCAGCCAUGACUAAGCAAGGAGCUUAUGCUGCCAUUUCUUACAUGGCCAGUGCAGGUUUUAGUGAAGUGAAGUCGUCAAUUGUGAUGGGAUUGCGAAAAAGUGUUAGAGAAUUUGAUGGUGUAAGUAUGAAGGAGACGCACGCUUCAGCUUCAAUUCCUAGCGUUCUUAGGAUCAUAUCUUUUACAACUAGUGAACCUCAGAACAUGUCUAAAAACCCAGCAAAAUUGGUACCAUUUAAGACAUUGCUUCACACCCUUCCUCUGGCAUUGUCAUAUUUGCUUUACAUGCUGGUCACAAUGGAAUCUGUACGUGCCAUAAAUGUCCCCAUGUACACCACCCUUAGGAGGACUACUGUGGCUUUCACAAUGAUUGUGGAGUAUCUUCUGACGGGACGGAAACAUUCCUUGCGUGUUGUUGGCAGUGCUGCUUCAGAGAUGGAUUUGGAUUUCAUCAGUGUCGGGAUAAUCUUACUUGGUGCAUUUGUUGCUGGAGCUCGGGACCUGUCAUUUGAUGCUUAUGGCUAUGCUGUUGUCUUUGUUGCAAACAUUUGUACAGCAAUAUACCUUGCUUCUAUUGCUCGAAUUGGUAACAAAAUGCGAUCUUUCUCAUAUGCAAUUGACUGCUAUGAGGUUUCAAAACUUUGUUUGAUUUAUGAUGCAAUCUCAAUCCUUUCAGGUAAAUCUAGUAACCUUAAUAGCUUCGGUCUUAUGUGGUGCAAUGGAAUAAUUUGUGGACCAAUCUUGCUAUUCUGGACAUCAAUUAGAGGAGAUUUGGAAGCAAUGAGGAACUUCCCCUUUCUCUUAGACCCAGGAUUUCAGAGCAAUGGAUAUGAUGACCCUUCCAUCAGUUAUUCGUAUUUGACAGUCAUAUCUAAAACUGCUGCACUGAAAUGUUUUGCAGGUGGUGAUGCUUCUUUCCUGAUCUUUUCACCAUUGGAUUUGGCUGGUUACUAUUUGGUGGGCUUCCAUUUGAUCUGUCUUAGAGUGGCACAUAUUCUUAUGUUGACUGGGAUCAUGUUGUCUUUUCAGUUGAAUGUUGUUGGCCAGUCACUUGGUUUCUUUGGAUCUUGUUUGUGCAAGAAUGUUUCCUUCCCUCAAGAAAAGGAAGAGCGAGCAGUGCUCAUGAUUCAUUAUUUGUUGUUCGAUCUUUUGAAAAGUAAGAUGCUAGCUUCUUCUGUCCACUUGUUGAGUAUUUUGGGAGGUUCUAGGAGGGGAGUCUGCUUCUGCUUGCAUGUGUGGACAGAAAAGUCUGAGAGUUGUAGUAGAAAGAGAGAAAAGGUAACAACUCGAGUUCGUGGAGGGAUGUGUGUUUCUUGUCCCCACAAGCUGACAAGUGAGUUUGGCCUCAUUGCCAUACAUGAUUGA